UUAUAAUAAAUAUAGUUAAAACCUAUAGGAAAACAAAGACAACUGUACAAGUCUUCAAGACAAGAUUCCACACUCAACAAACUCUUGUAUGUAAUUUCCUUUGAAAAUACAAACUCCACAUCAAGUCAAGGAUUAUCAUUAUUUAUCAUCAGACAGACACUGUAAAAUCAUGAAUCCAAAUGCUGAGAUUGAAUCUGUUUCUAGCAAUCAAGAAAAAUUGGAAUCUAAGAAGAAAAUGAAGAAAGUGAGAUCAAUGAAGCUUCAAAGAUUGUCCAGCAGAGGAAGGAAACCACAGUAUGAUCAUAAAGUGAGAACAACUGAGAUGGUAGAGGAGGCAUCACCCAAUUACAUGAAGGCCACUGGUAGUUCUCAUGCAAAGGAUGGUUUUCAGAUUAUACAAAAGAGGAAGAUGAAGUCAUCAAGAUCAAUCAAGCUUUUAACUGUCAAGGGACCUAAAUCAACAACAAAGCUAUAUUCUGAAUCCACUGAUGGCAUUGAUGGCAAUAAUAGGAACAGUACAAGUGAUGCUGGUAACAAGUCCCAAAGAGUCAUGACUAGAAGAUUAAGCUUGAAGCCUGUGAGGAUCUCAGCAAAAAAACCAAGUUUGCAUAAAGCCACUUGCUCUUCCACUAUCAAGGAUUCCCAUUUCCCUAAUCACAUUGACCUCCCUCAAGAGGGAAGUAGUUCUCAAGGAGUAUCAGCUGUUAAGGUUUGUACAUAUGCUUACUGCUCUCUUCAUGGUCAUCACCAUGGUGAUCUUCCUCCGUUGAAGCGCUUUGUGUCGAUGAGGAGACGUCAGUUGAAGUCACAAAAGUCCACGAAAAAGGAUGGCAGAUCAAAGCAAGUUGGUAAUGCAAGGAAAGGUACUCAGAAAACCAAAACUGUCCACAGUGAAGAUGGUAACUCUCAGCAGAAUGUGAAAAAUGUGUCAAUGGAAUCAUCACCUUUUAAGCCGCACGAUGCUCCACCAUCCACAGUUAAUGAAUGCGACACUUCAACCAAAGACAAGCAUAUGGUUACAGACUAUGAAGUGCUGCAGAAGAGUUCUACACAAGAAGAGCCUAAACCUGGUAGUACUACUAGUGUGGCAUAUGGAGUGCAAGAAAGAGAUCAGAAAUAUAUAAAAAAGUGGCAUUUGAUGUAUAAACAUGCAGUAUUAAGUAAUACAGGAAAAUGUGAUAAUAAAGUUCCUCUUGUCGAAAAGGAAAAAGAAGGUGGAGAGGAAGAUAAUGAAGGAAACAACUCUUAUCGCAAUUAUAGUGAAACAGAUUCAGAUAUGGAUGAUGAAAAGAAGAAUGUAAUUGAGCUUGUGCAGAAAGCAUUUGAUGAGAUUCUUCUCCCUGAAGUUGAAGACCUUUCCUCUGAGGGUCAUUCAAAAUCUAGAGGCAAUGAAACAGAUGAGGUACUUUUAGAAAAGAGUGGAGGUAAAAUUGAAGAAAGGAAUACCACAACUUUCACAGAAUCUCCUAAAGAAGUGCCGAAGAUGGAGAGCAAACAAAAAAGCUGGAGCCAUCUGAAAAAGGUAAUCCUCUUAAAAAGGUUUGUAAAGGCAUUGGAGAAGGUACGAAACAUCAACUCAAGAAGACCAAGACAAUUGCCUUCAGAUGCCAACUUUGAAGCAGAGAAAGUUCUUCUUAACCGCCAAACAUCAGAAGAGAGGAAAAAAUCUGAGGAGUGGAUGCUUGAUUAUGCACUUCAAAAGGUUAUUUCUAAACUCGCACCUGCUCAAAGACAAAGAGUGACACUUUUAGUAGAAGCUUUUGAAACUAUUCGUCCCGUUCAAGAUGCUGAAAAUGGACCACAGACUUCUGCAACGGUGGAGUCUCAUGCAAAUCUGAUUCAAUCACUUGAUGCUUCCUCGAAUCAUAGCAAGGAAGAAAUAAACGACAGAAGGGAUUUUGAGGUAACUGAGAGAGCAAGGAAUGACAAGAAUAUGGAUGCAUGUAAGAAAAAUGAUGAAAGUGCUACUGUGAAAUCAACAGCAACAAAAGCAGUCAAGUUUCCGGUUUGCGAUACUGGGAUAAUGGAGGAGGAAGUAACAGCCGAAGGCGAAUAUAAAGUGCAGGAGAAGAGUAUUGUGAAGGAAGAUCUUAAACAUGGUACUAGUACUACUGAUGUGCCAUAUGGAGUGCAGGAAAGAGAUCAGAAAUAUAUAAAAAAGUGGCAUUUGAUGUAUAAGCAAGCAGUAUUAAGUAACACAGGAAAAUAUGAUAAUAAGCUUCCCGUUGUUGGGAAGGACAAAGAAGGUAGAGAGCAAGGUGAUGCCGUGUUUAAUGGAGGAAACAACUCUUCUUGUCACAAUUAUAAUGAAACAGAUUCGGAUAUGGAUGAAGAAAAGAAGAAUGUAAUUGAGCUUGUGCAAAAAGCAUUUGAUGAAAUUCUUCUCCCUGAAACUGAAGACCUCUCUUCUGAUGAUCGUUCAAAAUCUAGAAGCUACGGCUCAGAUGAAUUACUCGAAAAGAGUGAAGGUGAAAGAGAAGAAAUGAAUGCCACAAGUUUCACAGAAACUCCUAAAGAAGCAAAGAAGACGGAGAACAAACCAAAAAGCUGGAGCCAUCUGAAAAAGCUAAUCAUGUUGAAAAGGUUUGUAAAGGCAUUAGAUAAGGUAAGAAACAUCAAUCCAAGAAGACCAAGAGAAUUGCCUUCAGAUGCCAACUUCGAAGGGGAGAAAGUUUUUCUUAACCGCCAAACAUCGGAAGAGAGAAAAAAAUCUGAGGAGUGGAUGCUUGACUAUGCACUUCAAAAGGUUAUUUCUAAACUCGCACCAGCUCAAAGACAAAGAGUGACCCUUCUAAUAGAAGCUUUUGAAACACUUCGGCCAAUUCAAGAUGCUGAAAAUGGAUUGCGAUCUUCUGCAACAGUGGAAUCUCUGGAAAAUCCACUUCAAUCACUUGAUGCUUCCUCAGUUUUAUCUGCUAAGACAUUGCUUGGAAAAGUAUCAUUUUCAAAUGAUAGUACCAUGGAAUUUUCUGAUAAAGCUAGUGACAAUCCAAUGCCUGAACUUUGCAAGCCUAUUAAGCCAGUGGAAACUAUAAGCAGCUGUCAUGAGGAGGCUCCAACCAAACGAAUGGUCGAUGAAGUUCCAGAAGAUCUGGUAUCAGAUUUGAAUACAAAAACCAAGGAUGUCAUUGGUGGUCAUGGUGAACAAUUUUCUGUGACUAAAAGCUUAAUCCUGAAUGGUAUUGUAAGAUCACUGAGAUCUAAUUUGGUUGUUCCAGAAGCCCCUUCAAACCGAUUAGAUGAACCAACAACAGACAUCAAAGAUGUGGUUGAAAAAGAUCAACUGGAAAAGUCUGAAGCUCCUACAAGUGCUGUUGUAGAAUCCAAGAAUCAGCUAGAGAAACAAGGCAGCACAGGACUGUGGUUCACUGUGUUUAAGCACAUGGUAUCAGAUAUGACAGAAAACAAUUCCAAGACAUCAACUGAUGUGGCAGAUGAAAAAGAUUCAAAGUAUGAAGAUAUCACAACAAGAGAAAUUUCUGUCUCUUAUGAAAAUACACCUGUGGUUAUUCAAGAUAUGCCUUUCAAAGAUCGUGCUGUAGUGGAUGCUGAAGUUGAACUCCGGCAGAUCGAAGCCAUCAAGAUGGUAGAAGACGCAAUAGAUUCAAUCCUUCCAGACACACAACCACUUCCUGACAACAGCACAAUUGACAGAACUGGAGGAAUUUACAGUGAAGGCUUGAACCAAAAAGAACAAAAGAUGGAAUCUGGAAAUGGAAUAGUCGAGGAACGAAAAGAAGAAUCAGUAUCAAAGGAGGUAAACAAACCGAACCAGAAACUGUCUAGAAAUUGGAGCAAUCUUAAAAAAGUGGUACUUCUUAGGAGAUUCAUCAAGGCAUUGGAAAAAGUAAGGAAAUUCAACCCAAGAGAGCCUAGAUAUCUACCAUUAGAACCCGAUUCAGAAGAUGAAAAAGUUCAAUUGAGGCAUCAAGAUAUGGCAGAAAGAAAAGGUACAGAAGAAUGGAUGCUUGAUUAUGCACUUAGACAGGUUGUUUCCAAAUUAACCCCGGCUAGGAAGAGAAAAGUGGAGCUAUUGGUGGAAGCUUUCGAGACAGUCGUGCCAACCGUAAAACAUUGAAACCUGCUAAAUACAAGAAUAGCAUUGAUGCAAAAUGCAGUCAUGCCAAUUUCAAACAAGCUGAAAGGUCAACAAGGAAAUGUAUUUGAUCAUAAUCCUUUGAGAUGAUUAUGCAGUUUAUUAUUUGUGAAAACAUUGUGUGAGAUCUCUGAUUUGUCAAUAUGUCCCUUAGGAAGCAAAUAUAUAAGAGGAUAUUGAAUGUUGUGUGUACAAUCUUAUAGCUAAAUUUUAUUUAUUUGGGGAGAUAUUGUAUUGCAUAUUAUUGUUCUUGUCUUCUGACUGUAAAAAUUUCUGAAACAACCACAAAUGAAGUGAAAAGCAACGAGUGCUUGGUUUCUUUA